ACUUUUGAUGAAUUCGCAUAAGAGUUUAAACUUACUGUUUUGUGUAAAAGAUCAAAAUACAUUAUGAAUAUUAAUAUAUCCAGAAGUAUAGUCCUACAGCCAUUUUUUACAUCAGGAGAUUAAGCUUCAUAAAUGUUACCUCCUUGUGUUUACAUAAAAUGUCAAGCUUUUGAGGGAGAAUGGAAGUCAUAACAGAAGUUAUCUCCUUCAGUGUAUAAACACUUACUUGGGGUUUUAGGGUUUGUUUAACUUUGAAGCAGGAGCCAUGUAAGUUCCAUUUCAUUCUGAUCAUGGGCUUCUUUUCUUGAAAAAUAUUUUUGGAACUUAGUCACUUAGGAAGAUGUUAAUGUAUAAUGACCUAAAUACUUUAUUACACCAAAUGUGAUAAUCACCUUGUGAACAUAAGUGAGCUAAUUGCGGAAGUCCAAAAGGCUGGGCACUACUGCAGGAAGAAAGAACAAACAAACGUGUUCAGGGAACAAACAGAGCUUCACUGUUGAUUCUCAUUAUCUAUUAACAUUCCUUCAGAAUCACUUACACUACUACAUCAGUAUCUAGAACCCAUAAUAUCUUUUAAGCAUUAUUCAAAAGAGGUAGACUCUUCAAUUACAUCUCUUAAGGUUUUACUGUCUGUCCUCAUAAUCUCGAUGAAGCCUUUAUUGUGUCAUCUGACACUUAAGACCCUUUCCAAAACUAGCAGAGUUUCGCUUUUUAAGCAACUUUUCUAAUUAACAUAAGUGAUUUUCUGUAUUCAGAAAAAUCUUCAAAUCUGUGUUAAACAAUUAUUUUUAUAUUCACUAUCACAACUUUUCUGCAUUGCUCUCUGUGUCUCAAUGCAUUCUUAUUUUCUUGGUUUAUUUUUAACUUACAAUCCCUGCUGUUUCUAAGUUGGCAUCCUAUGAGCCAGCUUCUCCUCCCAAGCACACAGCUUCACCUGGCUCAGAUCCAGGAGCUCUCCAGGGAUGUGCCCAGAGGUGGCUGUCCCCAACAUGCACCCAUCCACCAGAAAACUACGUGGCCCCCACACGGUCGUCUUUCCUGGACAACUUGUUGUAUGAACUGGAGAAGUUUAGUGCUUUAACUGUAUCGGCUGACCAAGCCCAGGCAGACAUCCCAGAGGAGAGCACCCUGGAGAUUCAGGAGGAGCCCCCUGCUCCCCUCCUGUUGCCUGCAGCAUCUGAACCUGCCCGACCACCGCCUUCUCUGUUACCUUUGACUUCCGCUGCAGCCCGGCCUUGCGAGGCAAUGCCACAUCAGGAUCCCAGAAAGGCAGCUCCAAACAGGUUUUCGGAUUUGAAGCAAAUGAAGAGGGGCUUCUCAGACCCUAAGAAAGUGCCUGAAAUCCUGGGUGAUAAGUUUGUGGCCUCUGCGUGCACCACUGUGAGCGCCUUGCCUGUCACCCUCCCUGCCAUUGGAGAGGAAGAGGAGGAAGUCUGGGAGGGGCUCAUGCCGGGCAUCAGCAGGGGGCUUCAAGACUCUCAUGAACCAGAUGCCUUGUGGUGCAUCCCAGAUGGUACAGAGCUGACGCCAAACCUGCACAUUGAAGAGGAAGAAGAGGAAAACCCCAACCACUUAAAAUACCCAGUAGCCACUCCCACAGGUCCUAGGAUUCCUAAAGAAGACAGCCAUGCAGCAAAAACCAGUAAUGAGCCAUCUUCAUUCUCUCCGGGAGAUCGAACGACUGCACCUUUUCCCAGCUGUCUGCUCUCCUCUCCUCCGUUUCACUCCUCCUUCACCUCUGUUUCUGACCUGGUCUCCACACUUUCUCAGCCUACCCAGCCCUACUCUCCACCUCUCCUCCCUAAAUACUCUUACCAACAGGAGAUCAAUUCACCAAACUCCAAGGCUGAUUUAAAAAGCGGGCUCUUUGUCCUGGGUAAGCCUCCUCGUAGCCCAGUGAUGUCUAGGAGAUCCUGCGGCUCACCUGUCAGAGGGCUCGGCGGUUCCCACAGGGUAGGGUCAGAGUGUCCUCACGUUGUCACUGUUGUCCCGACCACCUUCCUUCUCCAGGGGCUGCCUCUUCUCUUCCAUGGGUGUCUUUGCAGGACACUGGCAGUCAAGGAGAGCUGGCUGCACCCUUCUGUGUGCUGAAGUGACCAACUGCCCAUGAGCUAGGAAAUUGAAUCAGCACAGCACUCCUACCCUAAGUCUUUGAGCAAUGCACUUCCUUAUUACGUGUGUGUGUUUUCCAAACCCCCAAAAGACGUGAUCCAAUUCCCCACUCUACAAGUAAGGAUGUGGUGUGCUGUUUUCUACGUCCAUCUGUGUUUCUGUAUUAAGUCACUGCUUUCUAGUCACCGUUUUUAAUGCGAAGGACAAAUCUUUUGUAUUUGUAAACUGAACUCAUACACUUCCAGUAAUAUUUGCUUCUGUGUCAUUCAGCUCGUCUGGACUUCUUAAAUUCCAUGAUCCUUGUCUUGGAAUAUUUUGUUUCCCUGAUGUGUGUGCCAUUUAUUCCACUCCCCUUUUCUCACACUGUCUACUCCCAAUUUCUUGGCAACUUUGAUUAAAUUUAAAGACCACCUUACUUUCCCUUUAAGUCCUUAGUUCUGUAACACCCACAGUACUUUAAAAUGAGUGGAUUCCAACUGGCACUCUCAAUUCUGAGGAAGUAAACCAAGGAGUUCAGGAAUUCUCAUCUGUGCCUAAGACAGGGUUCAGUUCACCACUGUUGUUUUGAUGGACCCUAGCUUGGCCUUGCUUGCUCUGUUGGGUAGCUGUGGUUCUGCAUGGCAAGUUCUUAAGGGCUCAAUGUCAACGGAAUUUUUCCUAUUUUUUUGAAAAAUGUAUAUAUUGCUCUGUGUUUAUAUCAUUUUGUGCUUUCUGCCUUGCACAGGCAGACCUCAUUUUGUUGCUGACUCAGGGAUUUGUGCUGCCCGAGAGAGAGGGGAAUGUCAGUUUGUGGAGAUCUGAAGGCCUUCAGAGCCCACACAAGCAGAAAGGUUUCCCCACAGCUAAGAAAGCCCAUCCAUGGAUUCCCGUGGUCAACAAGAUGGGGCACCUUCAGCUUUUUCUUUGCCACAUUUUUACAUUACCUAUUUACAUGUUAGAUUACACGUUUGUGUGGCCUGUAAAUAUUCUAUGUUAUCUAGAUUUUGCAAAGUUUUACUUAACCUUGCUACUUAAGAAGGAAAAAUAAGACAACAUGGUGCUGUUAUUUCAUCUAACUUUAUGUGGCAAGUACUACAACGAACGAACUUUAGAACUGCUUAUAGCACUUGCAGAGACCUGUAUAUGUUAGGAUUUAAAGUAACAAUCAGCCCCUCUUUAAGAAUUAUUUAAUGCUACAGAUCACUCACCCUUUGAAGAUGCAUCUGUAGAGGGAGAGCUAAAUGGAUGCUCUCAGGCAGCCUGCAUCUCACCAUCUGAGAAACAGAAGUAUGCAUUCUACUGAUGCCAAAGAUUCAAGAAGAUUUCAAAUCAGUUUCCUUGCAAACAGUGGAUUGUGGUUGGUUCUUGCAGUGAAAAUUAGUCCGUGUUUAAAAUACAUGGCUUCUCUGUCUCCAUUUUUGAUGUGUACUUAAAAGGUUACACUAAAAGAGGAAAGAAAAUAUUAGCACAUUGCUAAGGAAAAAGUUAAAUAUUUAAGAUCCAGUAAAAAAUGGCAGGAUGCUUCGUGGGUUUUCUAAGUUUUAUCAUAGUCCUGAUACGCAUCGCAGAAAUGUAAGCGUGAUACAGUCCUUGCUCAACAUUUCCACCAACAGUGCUUGGGAUGUGUUGACUUGAAAACAGCCUUAAGUUCACAGUUCAUGGGAGCCUCCCUGAAUGUCACGGAUGUACAUUGUUCUAUUUUUAUCACCGAGCUAAGAGGAUCUGAGGAAUAUAAAUGCCUGAGCAGGUGGUAAAAACAGAAAUGAACACAAACUGAAAACACUGGUGCUUCCUUCUCAAAAAUUUCAAACGUGGGGAAGCAAGAACAUGGUCAGAAAAACAGAUGGACAACUAUUCCACGUAGCUCUGUUGUCUUUAAAAUAUUUCAAAAUUAGUCCAGGUUGAAGGCAUUUGCCAAGACCGAUCAAAGGCCAAAAACAGCUUGCAGCUUGUUGUUGCCACUUCUCACCACUAGAUGGCGAUAGGGUGCAGACACGUCUUAAAAGUCUGCCCGCUGAGUUUUAUCACCAAGGAGGAAAGGCAAAAGCCAGCAGGCUGAAGUCAUUUUCUUGAAUGCCCAUACAGAAUAUGAACAUCUGCUGAAUGGACAAAGUAACUAAACCCCCAAGUAAAUGUUUACGCCGUCUAUUCCAUCAUAGUGAAAGUCAAAAUUAUCAUUCUGGUUCUUUCUAACUUGUCAUGUUAAGAAAUUAUCCAGUAUCUUUAGGAUUUGGUUUCCUAGUCUGCAAAAUGAGGUUGAAUUAUUACGAUUAUUAUUUUUAUGUGACCAAGAAGUGUGAGAAUCACCUGGCAAAUGCUAUUUGUCUCAGCUCUCCGAUUGUGCAAGGUUAACAAUGGGCAGGUUUACAGAGCAGAGGAAGCCUAUCUGUGGAAAUGUGGAUUCCUUUACGGGUUCCCUGAGAGGGGCAAGCUUAAUCAUCAUCUUGUCCAACUCACGGAUUCUAGAAGUUAGGAGGCUGAGGGGUAACCCCCAAGUUCAUGGGGUAGCCAUUGCCAAAAACAGAAAGAUACAAAUGUGCACUCAUAAGUAACUGCUCAUGCCAUCUCUCCCUCUACUGGCCAAAUGCUUUCAAAGCAAACUCAUUCACAUACUAAUUCAAAUAAUUGGUCAUCUGUCCACAAAACUGGCUCCCAGUUAUCCACGUUAACAUGAAGGGGACCCAUGUGACAGAUAAGCUUAGACGUGCCCCAAAACUCGUCAUUAUGAGGGAGGCACAACUCAACUAGUCAAAGUUGUGAUCGAUUUUGGCCUCAUUACAGGAACAGUACAGAAAACUGGUGGCUUGGAGUGGGAAGGGGAGGUGGGGUUUGAAGGAGGGCGAAAGAUGUUGGGAAAGGCAAGUGAAGUUGAGUUCUUGCUAACUGACAUGCCCAGGAGCCCGAGUUCCUGAGACUUAGAGGCCUGUGGAAUUCUCCAGGAGCCGCAUGCAUCCAGCAAUAGCCAAUUUUCCUAAGCACCACUGGGAUAGGUCCUUUCACUUGUAAGUUGGAUUGAAUUGAAGGAAAUACACUGGUAAGAAUUAUGAUGAGAACUAAAGGGAUAUAUACAGACUUCAAAAGUACAUGAGCAACUUAACGAACAAUUUGAUCUUUUAAAUUGCAUUCAUAUGUUAACAUAAAGGAGCAAUGAAAUUAGACCAACCUGCUUUAGCAAGCACUGGAUGUCAUGAUAUAAAACCUCUACUCAAUUUAGAAAUAUUAGGAUGGCUUAAAUACCUGAGAAUAGGCGUACUACUUUUAUACCACAAUGAGAUAUAUUUUAUAAAACAUUCUCUCCUGAGAGCAAAUAAUAUUUUGUGAUUUAUAGCUUUGUGCAUUGAUAGUACUGUGCUUGUUUUCAUGAGAGAACUAUAGCUAUCUUGGUGUGUAUAUUUUUUAAAGCGCAAAAUUUUUAUUCCCAGGAUUUUUGAGUCACUAACAUGAGCAUUUUCAUAAUAAUGUGGCUUUAAAGCAUACUCUUUGGUGAGAAAUUUUAUUCCCUGGAAUGUAUUCUAAGGAAUAGUUCAAAUGAACAAAAUGGCUCUUAGUACAAAAAAUAUUUAUAGCAUUGUUAGUUAUGUCAGUUAAAAAAGACCAAUCUUCAAAAACAAAAGAGAUUAAUGGAUAAGAAAACUGAUAUAUAGACACAUGUGAAGCAUUAUUUUAGUCAUUUUAAAAA